GCAUAGAUUGUGUGGUAGAAAAGAGUUGACCAUUUUGUGUACUUGUAGCUGUCGGUUGUUUUUGCUCUUUGCUGUUGCUGUUGGUUGAUCUUUUGCUGUUCUAGUUUAGAAAUCUGAGAUUAUGACACAUACUUCACCGAUCAUCGUCCGAUAUGGUCCUUACGAAUCGUGUGGUAUUGUUGAACACAGGACAUUUCGCCUAGAAGGUCUCCAAGCGACUCUGAAAGAAUGUGGCUACAUCUGGGUUCUAGAAAAAACGUCAGAAUGGAACCAGCUGGAACUCAUGAUCAACGGAGAAUGCGUCUAUAAAUGUAACAUUAACGAUCUUGAAUUCGGGGGUGAUGGACGACUUGAUCCACUGUGUCAAGAUGCCAUAGACACAGUAAGGAGUGCAUACCAACAACACCAAAUAUAAUAUGUAUUUUGUGCAGUUUGAUAAAAAUGCUAACAAAUAUUUCACAAUGUUAAUUUUAGUAUAUUAUUGUUAAGUAACCUUGUGGUCAGAAGUCACACCUCCAUUUUGUGAUAAAGAUUCCACUGUUUUAUAUUAACCCUCUUUUUCUUUGGUAUGGUUACAUUGCUAUAUAGAGAUACAACAGGGUAACUGUUCUAUGUCCUGAACUGUAAAACAUUUGUGCUUACACAUUAUCACAUCUGAAAAUAAAUUCUGCAUAACUUAUUAAGACCUGCUUAAGCACAUACAUGGUACACCAUUAACUUGUUUCUACAGGUUAUGAGAAUACUGUUGGGCAAUAAACACUGCCAGUUAAAUACAAUCUAAUUUUCCAAAGGAGACUUAACAAUGGCAUCAUCAAUUAUUGUAUUGCUCACUGUGUGAAAAUAUAUGCAGUAAAACAUAGUCUUAUCUGACGUAAGAUUACCAGUGCGUACUCUUCCUAUUUAUUGCUUCCUGUUUUUAUAAGCACACUGAUAUUAACACUAAGUACAUUCCCAAUGCUGAACCUUCAAAGUAUAUCAUAGUCCCGACAGGUAGAGUGUGUUUUGACAGCCACAAAGUAUAUUGUGGCAGCCAAAGAGAAUAUUGCUACUUGUCACUGUGCCAUCUGUUUAAUGUCUGCUGUACUUGUGAAUAUGACUGAAUAGUCUAUUUUUAGUUCCUCAAGCAGAUGGAGAUAAUAGUGAUAUUCUGAAUAGAUGCAUUAACAUUCUAAUUCUAUGUCUAAAUAAAUAUAGUGCAUUGACAA